AUGCGAGAGGAUGAAACUAUUGUUAAGUAUUCUGACAAGAUUCCUUUUAUUGUUAAUAAAACCAGGUUGCUUGGCGAGGAUUUCAAAGAUGGCAGAAUAGUAGAAAAAAUUCUUCUGACAAUUUCAGAGAGAUUCGAAUCUAAAAUCUCAUCUCUUGAAGAGUGUAAAGAUCUCUCUAUUAUUUCUGUUGAAGAACUAAUAAGUGCUCUUCAAGCACAAGAGCAGAGAAGAGCCUUCAGGCAAGAUAAUGUUACUGAGGGUGCCUUUAAUGCGCAAAACAGAAAAGAAAAAGUUGAUUGGAUAGAGGCUGGAUGCAUGAAGCAAUGUUCUCUAAAAUAUAUGUUGAGGGUGUCCAAUCUUUUAUGCAACUUGUUCGGUCUCACUUUGAUCGAAAUUCUAAAGUUCGAUGCUCGUGUCAAGAUUAUUUAA